CGUUUGAUUGACAGCUCUGAUCCCGAGACAGCAGGGUGGCCAGUCACGCUCUCGCCAUGCAAAUGAGCCGCGCUCGGGCCGGGCGGGUGCCCAUGUGGACCAGCACCAUGCCUUGUUGUUCUGAGCGCUGAUUGGCUCGCUGGCGCCCGAUUGUUCUUCAUGCGCUGCUGGCCAGCUGCGGGAUCGAAAACACGGAGGACCGACGACCUCCGCGGGACUUCCUUUUCUCGAUUCCCACAGAGACACGCGGGUGCACCGCGAGCCCGUUUUCCUCCAGGAGCUUUUAAACAGAGGUUGUGAUAAUUGUAAUGUCACUGUUAUGAUUUGGAGGGGGGCUAGAGGUUGCCAAGACGACAGCGCGUAGUUGGAGGGAGUGCUGCGGUCGCCGGGUUUUGUCGGAGGCCGUAGUAACAGGGCGGGGCAGGAAUUCGGGAGGGGCGGGCCUUAACGAGAACACGACUCGCCUUGUUGUGUGUAUUCCCGUGCUCGCAUCGCCAUCUUGUUGCAAUCCUAUUUUUUACGUAUGCGAGGAUCUACUUUCCGUUCGGCCGGAUUAAAAAUCGCCCGUCUGCUUUCAGGAGAAACACAGGGGACGAAAAGCUCGGGCGUCCGGGUGUGAGUCGUGCACACGGCGCUUCCUACCGGGACACUACCACCUACCCCCUCGGUCUUUUUCCUCCUUUCGUCCCGGGCCACCGGGUCGCCUGCCGUGAGGGUUUUACGCGCAAUGAGCAUCGACACACUUUUGGAGGCGGCCAGAUAUCUGGAAUGGCAAGCCCAGCAACAACAGAUCACACGUGAGGAAGAGCAGCGCAAAGAGAAGGAGCUCAUUAACAGGGAGGCGGAGUCGAGGCUUGUGGAACUCGUGACUUCGUCUUCUCAGCCAAUCAGAGCCAACCACAUCGUGUGGGGCGAUGACACUCACCGUCAACAGCCGCCUCACCCUCCGCCCCCCUCUCUCCCACCUCCCCAAGUCCCUAUCGCUGUCAUCCCAAUGGUCCCGGUUGUCACUGCAACGUCCUCGGUCCCGCCCCUUCCACUUACAACGCCGAUUGCUGUGGCGGCAACGUCGCUCAACGACUCCCCACCAGCCAAGAACGCUUCCUCUCCUCCACAGCAGCAGCAGCCGACCUCUCCUCACCUGUUGUGUGCCCCCCAGAUGAAGGUAGAGACUAGUCCGCAGCAGGUUGGUGUAAAGCACAGCCAAUCACAGCCUCAGGUGCAGAUUCAGUACCCAACGUCCAUCAGCACUAAUGGCUCUGGCUCUCAACAUGCACUGGCUCCCCAUCAAGCUCCACCCACAUCUCAGCCGCGGCUUAACGGAGUGAUGAUGGAGGACAUGAGGGCGAUGGAUGGGAAGAGGAGACCAGGAGGAGCGGGGACCAGAGAGGUGCAUAAUAAGCUGGAGAAGAACAGGCGAGCGCACCUCAAAGAGUGUUUUGAGACGCUGAAGAAGAACGUUCCAAAUGUUGAUGAGAAGAAAACCUCCAACCUCAGCGUUCUCCGUAGCGCUUUGCGUUACAUACAGACUCUGAAGCGGAAGGAGAAGGAGUAUGAACAUGAGAUGGAGCGUUUGGCCAGAGAGAAGAUCGCUACGCAGCAGCGGCUGGCCGAGCUGAAGAACGAGCUCAGCCAGUGCAUGGAUGUCAUCGAGAUCGACAGAGUCCUCAGACAGACCAUCCAGCCAGAGGAUGACCAGGCCUCCACAUCCACCGCCUCAGAAGGAGAAGACAACUUUGAGCAGGACAUUGACGAGGAUUCCCCCGGUCCCAUUUCUGCUCCCACGUCCAUGUCCAAACCAACACCUGCCAUCUUACAAGCCCAGCAGCUCCUCACUCCGCACCUGUCAAUCCAGCACACCACCCUGCCUCUCUCUGGAGUCCUGACCACGCCCUCACCCUCUGCUCCCCAUCCCCCCCAAGCCAUCGCCCCUGCUCCGGCCCCUGGUCCGCCCCCUUCGCAUCCGGUUCAUCCCAUUCAGCCCACAGCCAUGCAGGUCCAGCCCACUGUCAUCGCUCACGCCGCCGUCUCUCACCCUUCAGUCAUCCAGGCUGUCAAUCACGCCCUGCCAGCCAAUCACAAGCACCUAACGCACAUUGCCCCAUCACCCGGCCCCACCCCUCAGCCAAUCGCGGCGGCUCCAGCUGCCACCGCCACUCACCAGCCGAUAGCCGCCCAGCCCAUCGGACACAUCACCGUCCAUCCGGUGGCUCACCUGGGAGGUCCCCUGCCAUCCCACCUCCCGACUCUCUACCCCCAGGGCGUGUCUGUCUCCCAGCCCACCAUGGUGGGCCACAUCACUCACACCUUCACCCAUCACACCCUGCCGCACGUCCAGGCUAAUCCUCAAGCUAACACUAAUGGAGCCCAGGUGAACAGUGCAGCCAUGAUGAGCCAGGGGAGCCCGUCGCUAGGGAAACCCACAGCAGUGCUGGCCCCCCACCCACAGCUGGUUGGACAGGCUGCCGUCCUCAAUCCUGUCACCAUGGUUACAGUCCCAACCUUCCCUGUCAGCACACUCAAACUGGCCUGAAAGAGUAACAAAAGAUGGGAUGGACUGAUGGAUGGAGAAGGAGAGAAAGUUUCAGAACUUCUGGUUGAGUUUGCACACUCCUAUCAAUAAUCAAUAGCAGAGAAUAUCCGACAGAAAAUUUACAAAAAAACAUCAGCUGUUUUUUGGACAACUUGCGACGAAUAUCUCCAGAGAUAUAUUUUGAUCACAGCUCUGUUAGUUUGUGAACAAUAACAUUAAAGCAGAGUCAGUGGGUCAGGCCAUUGUUUGUGAAAAUAAGACUGUGACAUUUGUCUGCGCUGCAAAGACAGGAACUCUGUUUUACCUUCCUUCCUUCCUUCCUUCCUUCCUUCCUUUACAACCAGAAGCACUAACAUAAUAAGCUCAGUUCACACUCAGGCAUCAAGGACUUACCUUAACUAUUCAUUCACUCACUGAGGGAAAAUGCAUGUGAGAAAGAGUUGUUUGUUGUUAGGCUGUUGCUGUGGUGAUACAGUAUGUGCCCGUUUUUGUAUUCAUAUAAUCAUGAUGUCAUGUGGGACAUUCUGGUGAAAUAAUGUCACUGAUGUGUUUGAGAGCAGGAAGAGGGAGCUCAGUGGCCUCACUGAUCAGAAUGAAUUACACACAGGGCUUUGGUCAAGUGUAGAGUAGACCACGUUACAUAGUCCGCCAAAUAGAGCUAAAGCAUUGUCGCUUACUGAUGCAGUUCUUCACUUAUUGUUGUCAGGAACACUGUAGUUCCACGAGUUGAAAGUUCCUCAUUUAUAUGCUUUUUUCCCGCCUUAGUUUUUGCCUCCUAUCUUAGUACAAAACAUGCUCCAUGAAGUGACUGUCAAGACCUCUGCAUCUUUAUCCAAAUGAAGAUUCCUCACAACUGCACUUGGCACCAAACAUCUUGAAAAUGGUUUAAGAGAAGGAAUGAACAGUGCAAUAAUGAAACCAGAUCCAAUCCUGCAGUUAAAGACAAAAAGAAGGAACAAGACACAACCUCAUUGUCUUUAUAUGUAAUUUCUGUUCUGCUGUCAGCUUCUGUCCCAUUCAACAAUGGGUUGUGUAUCCACUAUACUUUUUAUGGCUUUCUUUCUUUUUUAACAACAGUGGAGUGUCCCUAAAAAUACUGAGCAACUCCAGAAAUGAGGGGCAGGGUUAAAGGGGAAGAAAUAGUGCAAGGAUUGCUUGGUUUGCUUAACAUACAGUAGCAUUUGUUUUUACUGGCCUUGUGGAGAAGUCAUGUCUAGAGACAACAUGACCUUUGCCUGUUGGUUAUUACACAGACAAGGGAUUUCCUUGUAGGAAACCACCAAACCACAGAUUUAAAAGUAGAGCAACAAGCAGUCAGAAAGAUGGAAAAUAGGAUUUUCCCAACAGUUUGAAAAAGUAAUUCAAGCAGUCAGUUAGAUGUAUAAAGAUGGUGCACUCCGGUUUUGAUGUGAUUACCUUAAAGCUUGGUCAGAAUUAAAUGUCAGCUCUCCUCUAAGGGCUUUUGAAAGAAUAGCAGUAAUGUGAAAGGCUGUCAGAUUGAUUUGAUUCUUCUUGAUUUCUGCACACAAUGUACAGAGUUAUGGACAACACCUGACAAGAUUUCACUGUGAGAAAUCAAAUCUACUCGUACACCAACAGAUUGGUCAUUUAAGGAACAUCGAUUCCUAUCAAGUCUUCGUACUCGAGGGUGAUUUUUGAGGCAGAGAGGCUUUAUAAGUUUUCAGGAAAGCAGCUAAGAAUCAUUCCAAAACUCCCAACAGUGUUUGUGUGUGUAUUACAUCGGCUUUUCAUCAGGUACGAUCAUGUUUUCAAACCAAUCGAGGACUGUAAUAGACUGUUUGGAGAGCGGUAAUGUCGCAGUGCUGAACAAGAAUCCACAUGUAAAGUUGUCUGCUUUUUGCAAAUGCCUGAAAUUUGUGUUUUUGUUGUCAUCCCGUACAACCGCCUGUAACUGCUCUCAAAACAUUCAGUGACAGGCUUUCCUCUUGUGCGCAGUGAUGUCCCCUUAACACUCUGUAGGGCAAUACAGGUUUUCACCCUCUUGACUAAUGCAACAGCUCCCUCUGCUGCCUCAUCCCAGACUCAAUUUACUCUCACACCACAUUUGGGGCACAACACAAAGUUCCUGCACAGGAUUUUAAAAUCUGGAAAAAAUUACAGUGUAAAAAAAUUCAUUCUUGACCUUGGGGGGAAAAGCAUCUUAACUUAAUAAUCCUGAAGGUUCAUACUGCAUUACAAUGCAUACAGUAUGGAACUUUGGUCACGUGACAAACUCCAACUGUGAGAUGUGGAUGAAAGCUCCAGAAAAGCUACUAAGUGGAGCUUGAGUUAAGAUUUUUCUUUGUCAAACUAGGGUAGAAACAGUUUUCUCACUGACAGGUCUUAAAGUUUGGAUAUAGCAAAAUAUGAAAAAGAAUGGGAAAAGUAUUGUUCAGACCUAAGAUCAGUUUGCAUUUUAUUGCAGUUUUGUGAAGAAUAAUUUGGCAGCGACACAUGACCUUUUUUUGACAGUGAUGUUGUCCAGUCGAACAUCAAGCUGAAUCCUCUGCUAAAAGAAAAUCAGUUUGAGUUUUAAUUUCAAAAUGGAAAAUGUGUUGUGACACCCGCUUUUCUUUGUGUGUGUCUUUUUGUGUGUUUAUGUCUGUGUUUAUGUGCACAUACUCAAAACGUUCAUGGCUUCACAGCCUUCUUGCCAGCCUAUACAUGUCAGGCCAUAACAUCUCCCAUCUGUGUUUGUAGUCAAUGUUGCGUGGAUUUGCUCCUUGCCACUUCUGCUGUUUCUGUAUGUUAUGUCUGUAUGUGACUGUAUUCAAUAUGUUUUAUAUUCUGUACUAUAGUUAAUCCUACUGUACCUGUAGCAUGGCUCUGUUUUUUGGUUAUACACUUUGCCCUGUGCAUGAUGGUGUGUGUGUGUGUGUGUGUGUGUGUGUGGCAAGCAGGCUAUUUUUUUACACAGAGGUGAUUUAUAGUAUGAGCCUGUUUGGGUGCUAUCGUGUGUGCCUAUACUCAGUUUUCCUGAACACUGUGACAACUCUGGCAAAACACGUACACAUUGAGCGGAUGGAAGAGACAAAGAUUUACUGUCCUAAUUGGGUUUUUUUUAUUAUUUUUUUUUUUAUUUGUGAGUUGGACUGAGACCUGGAAUGGAAAAAGUAAAAAAACAAAAAAAAGUUGUUGCUCUUUUCCUGAUAACAUAAUAAUGUCUAAUAUUCAAUUUGAGUUUUGUAAUAUUUGUACGUAUGUAUGAAAGUUUUGUAAAUUUGUGAUUGUAUGCACGUUUUGGCAUAUGAGUGGAUGUAUCUUCAAAUUUUAAAUGCUUGUUCCUUUUUGGUUUUGUUUUGCAUGUAGAUUGCUGUUUAGAUUCUUUUGUUUUAAAGGUUUUGUUUUUCUGUUUAUUUUUGGGACCAUGUACAAUACUGUAUAACGUGGGCAGGAUCUUGGACCUCAUGCUACAUUGAUAUUAUAUAUGAAUAUAAAAACAUGUUUUCCCUAUGGAGAAAGUUUUAAGUUAUAUAUCGCCUGUACACUUUGGGCUGCCUUUUAGAUCGAACUGUCCACUGUUUAAGAUAACAAUGAUGAUGAUGGAUAAAACAUAUUAAUGAUGAAGAAUUAUGCUGAUGAAAUAAUAAAGAUUCUUAAUAAAUCUUAUUACAUUUACAACA